ACUGAUGAUGUGUUUUACGUUUGAUUGUGUGAGUGAUGUCUCGGACUCUCCGCCAUUGAAUUUCAUUUUAGCCGAGAAUUGAAAUAGGGUGUACCUUUCGCAAUCGGCAAAAAUCUUACCAAUCUUUUUUCUAUUUCUUAUUCUAUUUAGUCAUAUUUCGUGCACAAACAUUAUAUCCAAUGGCAGACAGAGACACAGAUGAGUUAAACAUCGAUAACGUAAUAAAAAAAUUAUUAAAAGUGCGAGGCGAGAAGCCUGGCAUGAAUGUACAGUUAUCGGAAAUUGAGAUUAAAGGGCUAUGCUUGAAAUCACGAGAAAUAUUCUUGUCACAACCGAUAUUACUUGAGUUAGAAGCACCAUUAAAAAUAUGUGGUGACAUCCAUGGUCAAUACUAUGACUUGUUAAGGCUGUUUGAAUACGGCGGUUUUCCACCAGAGUCAAAUUAUUUGUUCCUCGGCGAUUAUGUGGACCGCGGUAAACAGUCAUUAGAAACGAUAUGUCUGCUACUCGCUUACAAGAUAAAAUAUCCAGAGAAUUUCUUCUUAUUAAGAGGGAACCAUGAAUGCGCUAGCAUUAAUAGAAUUUACGGGUUCUACGACGAAUGUAAAAGGAGGUACAACAUCAAACUAUGGAAAACUUUCACGGACUGCUUCAACUGUUUACCAGUCGCCGCGAUAGUCGACGAAAAGAUCUUCUGCUGCCACGGCGGACUGUCACCAGAUUUACAGGCGAUGGAACAAAUCCGACGGAUCAUGCGACCGACCGACGUGCCCGACCAGGGCCUACUCUGCGACCUGCUAUGGUCCGACCCGGACAAGGACACCGCCGGCUGGGGGGAGAACGACCGCGGCGUCAGCUUCACAUUCGGCAUUGAGGUGGUGGGCAAGUUCCUGUCGAAACACGAGUUCGACCUGAUCUGCCGGGCGCAUCAAGUCGUCGAGGACGGCUACGAGUUCUUCGCCAAGCGGCAGCUCGUCACGCUGUUCUCCGCACCCAACUACUGCGGGGAGUUCGACAAUGCAGGCGCGCUGAUGUCGGUGGACGAGACGCUGAUGUGCUCGUUCCAGAUCCUGAAGCCGGCGGACAAGCGCAAGCUGUACUCCGGCCUCAACAUGGGCCGCCCCAACACGCCGCCGCGCGCGCAGCCCAAGAACAAGAAGAAUUAAACCCCAGACCGCCGCCAUCGCAUCGAAGUCGACGACUUGCAUGGAUUCCCACGCUAAUUAUCUUUUAAUUGAUUUAUUCAAUAUCAUCGCCAUUUCCUUUUAAAAACUCUUUAAACCCAUUACAAUAAGUCCUCCCUAAACAAAUGUAUCGCUUUCAUAUUGUCGAUUCUUCCAAAACACAAACUCAUUUAUUUAUUUGCAAUUUGUUUUUUAAACACAUUCACGUCGAAUAGGUAAUGUUUAUUUUCACUCGCUUUAACAAUUGCUGGACAAUUGUGUUCAGCGUAGACGUGGGCUUAUCGGCUACCAAUAUCUUUGCCUUAAUCUACGAAUUAAAAAAAAAAACAAUCUAAUUAUCACAAGCAUAAAAUAAGUCACAUUCAAAAAAAAAAUACGUAAUUGAAAAUCGAAGUCCAAAGCUUCCUUUGUACAAGUUGCAAGUAUUGUAAGUAUAAAUAAUUCAAAAAAAAAAAAUCAUGGCUCUGGGGAGUCCAAGUAGGAGGCGCGUAAGGUGUGAAUGCUAGUAUGUAUUAUUGUAUGUUCGUUCGUAUGUCUGCUCUUACGCUUGUGUCGUACUCAAUAUCCAUAAUAUGUGUAAGGCGUUACGCGAUUUCGAUGUAACAUAAAUUAUUCAGCAACCGUUUCACUGCCAAUACGAAACGGAUCACUCGCGACGGCAACUAAAACCGGAUUGUUGCAUCGAAACCGCGCAGCGAUAUUAAUUAAUGACUUUGAGUAUAUCGGAUAGCCGUUUAUAAUUAAGUAGUAAGCGUAAUUAUUUGUGAACAGCCUAGGUCUUCCGGGACGAUUAAAUUUUUGGAAUUUUCAACCGUCCCCUAGUGGUUGGACGCUUAAUUAGAUCAUGGUGUAGCGUGCUUUGUGCGUACUUCGUGUCUCGGCGAUCCCGCGUCGUGUAUAACUUUUUUAAAUAAGACCGCUUCCACACGGACCGUUUUUAACUGACAUUAUUUUUAAUCUGUAAUUUUACUUUUGUAUCGUGCAAUGAUCUUAAUGAUAUGAAAAUUAAAAAAAAAAAUUAAAUGUAGAAUGUGUUUUAUUAAUUGAAAUAAAAUGGAAUUGUAAUAACGAUGAAAAUGUUUUUAUAAAAACUUAGGGUUUGUCGUGUAAUUGAAAAUAAUUGGUCCGUGUAUCAGAAGUCCUGACAUAACAUUAAUUAAAACAAGUCGAGCGCGGGAAGCGAUGCAUUGAAUCACUAUUUAUUUUCGCUAUGAAUCAGACUGAGCCCCGUACAUGGCCGACGGCCGACUUAAAUCAAUGAUUUAUUGAUGUAUGAACAAGAGAAUUGUAUAUUAAUUUCGUAAAUAAAAUACUUUCUGAAUA